GGGAAGUCGAAUCGCUUUUGCAAAAAGUUUGGCGCCUGCAAGAUCAAAGGCCAAUUCGAGCGCGCAUCCACCAAAAGGCAUCCAGCAACACACAAUGGCCGUACAGGACGACAAGAAGAGAAAGAGAGCUGCCGAGGGAGGCGACGCUCCCAACAAAAAGGCAUCCAGCGCCGCCAUCAACGUCCACUUCCCUGCACCGCGCGACGAGUUGUACCCCGUCAUCGCCGCCGCACCUGGUCUCAACGUGCCCAGCGCUCCCUUCAAGCCGUUCGUCAGGGUCACAAACUCCAAGAAAGAAGGCGCCUCGCCCGCUCCGUCGACACACUCGCUCCUCCUGCACUCGACAUCACACGCCCGUCUUGACUUCACCGCCCAACAAGAGUCCAACUCGGAUCUGACCCACUACGUUGCCGUCUACGACCCGACUUCCUCGUCGCUCCAAGUCCUCCCUGCACACGCCGUCACCCUCCGCACAAACCUCCGCGCAGAAACACAAGAAGUCGCUGCUCAGAAUGCCGUGCGCUCUUUUGCUCAGCAGCGUGAAGAUCUGGGUCAAGCCUUCGGUACAAAGAAGGCCAAGAAGGCGCUUGCUUCAAAGGUCGAGAACGCCAUCACAUCAAACGCCGACAGGAACCGUGUAGGGGGCAAGCUGGACAACGUCGAGUCUGCCGUCAUGGACAGUGUCAAGGAGGCCUCGGAUGCCAUGCCCGCCAAACAGGCCCAGCAAGAGGAGAUUCUCGCUUCGAAGCCCAUCCCCAAGCCCGACCUCAACGCCAAGGAGGCUGAGAAUGUCUAUCCCAUCGAGAAGCUCAUCCCUGCAGCCGACAUGCGCAACUUGGCUGUCCAGGAUUGGCAAGACAGUGCCACUACUGGUGAGGAGAUGAAGUUUACUUCGAGAUUCGUCGCCCACCGCGUCCCCCCAAUUGCCGUUCGCGACGACGUGCAGAGACUCAAGGCCCUAAAAUACCUCAUGCUCUUGAUCGACUUCAACCUCGCUCUCAAGCCUGCAGGAAAGGCUGGCAAGAAGGUGCCACAGAGGGAUCAGCUACGAAGCAAGCUGGAAGGCUGGCCGGAGACCCUGAUUGAGAGUGUCAGGAGGAGAUUCUCCGACAACAACGAACUCAACAAGUGGCACAUGGACAACCUGAUUACACACAUGGCCGCCAUUUCCUUGUUCGUCGAUGGUUACAAGACCGACACACACGACUUGCGCGAGGAUCUGCGUCUGGAGAACAAGCAAAUGUCGCAAUAUUUCAUGGAAUUGGGCUGCAAGGUCAACAACCCGACGGAAAAGGAGCAAGCAGACUUCAAGAUCCCCAACAAGGCCGUCGCUGCACAACGCAGAGUCGCCAAGCUCAAGAUUCCUCUCGACUUCCCAAAGGUCAGAAUGAUGCCUCGAAGAAGAUGAUGCUUUGCGAGCAAUCUCCAAAGCGUCUUCUCUCCCAAAAUUUGAUACCCAUACCAAUUUCCCUCUUCUUUCUUACCAUCGUCGUUGUUGCCGAUCCUCUGUUUCGAAUUGCUCCAUCUCUUUCCUUGGCGUCGUCAUCGGUGGUUCGGUCAGGGUUGUACCUCAAGCAAGUCCUUGCAACACAUGCGGCGACAUUGUCCACUCAUCUCUGUGAAUUCCUGUUAUGUUCUCGGCAUACACAUGCUUUGUAUAUUUACACAGCCAUUGAUCGACUUGGAACGUCUUUUCCCUUGCUGCUGCCGCUACAAUGUUCAGAUAUCGAAUUCCAGCCCUCGACGUUUGUGAAACGAGCAAAAGACACACAAGUUAUCAUCGACAAUGUUGAGAC